GCUUGCAGUAUGCAGAAGAGUACAGAUUCCCCACUUAGACAGCAAGAAAGGCAAUCAUUUCCCACACAAGCACAAUGCACCAGCUAUUGAGGAACACUACCCUUUUUCCCAUUUCUUCUCUCUGGUUCUCGCCAUUACAAGCCCAUCAACCAAUUCUACAGAUAGAGAGAGAGAUAGAGAGAGGUUUCCAAGGACAAAUUUGUUGCAAGGAUAUUAUAAUGUCAAACCAGUCUUUCAAUAACAAUAAAACAAAGCAGUAUUUCAAGGUUUGCUUCUGUUUCAGGAGAAUCUUCAGGUUGAGAGACCCUGAGCCUCCUGAGGAGAUCAACUUCCUGUUUGAAAGAUAUUCCCGCGAUGGCACCAUGUCUGUUGAGGACCUGAGAAGGUUUCUGGUGGAGGUUCAAGGCGAUGAAUCAGCUACUCAUGAUGAUGCUUUAGCAAUCUUCAACAGUCUCAAGCAUCUCCACAUUUUCCAGAGAAGAGGCCUCCAUUUUGAUGCCUUCUACCGUUACCUCCUCGGCGACCUCAAUGGUCCUAUCUCUCCAACUACCACGGUUUUUCAUGACAUGAGGGCUCCUCUAUCUCAUUACUACUUGUAUACUGGCCACAACUCCUACUUGACUGGGAAUCAACUCAGCAGUGACAGCAGCACCAAACCAAUUAUCAAUGCUCUCAAGAGAGGUGUGAGAGUUAUUGAAUUAGAUCUGUGGCCCAAUAGCAACAAGGACGACGUGAAGGUUACUCAUGGAGGGACGCUAACAGCUCCAGUGGAUUUGCUUCACUGCUUGAGAGCAAUCAAGGAGAAUGCGUUCGAAGCAUCUGAAUAUCCUGUUGUCAUCACUUUUGAAGACCACCUCCCUCCUCAUCUUCAGUCCAAGGUGGCCACGAUGGUACAAAAUACGUUUGGGGGAACUCUGUACACGCCAGAAUCAGAUGAAAUGUCAGAGUUCCGUUCCCCAGAAUACCUUAAAAGGAGGAUUCUCAUCUCAACCAAGCCGCCAAAGGAAUACCUUGAAACGUCCAGCGCGGGCAGUAGCAAGGGAGGUGAAGGUGGAAGCAAGCAGAGCUCAGGAAAAGGAUCAAAGAGUGAUUGGAGUUCCUUUGAUAAGGAUGAGGGAGAUGGAGAAGGUGGGAUCCAGGAGGAAGAUGAGGAGAAGACAGCUCCCCAGUACCGGCAUUUGAUUGCUAUUCAUGCUGGCAAGCUGAAAGGUGGAAUUGACAACAUGCUUAGCAUCGAGGAGAACAAAGUUAGACGUCUCAGCAUGAGCGAGCAGGAGCUUGAAACUGCCGCUAAAACUCAUGGAACUGCUCUUGUUAGGUUCACACAGAAGAAUCUGCUGAGGGUAUACCCGAAAGGAACCCGCCUUACUUCAUCCAACUACAAUCCUUUUAUUGGGUGGAUGCAUGGAGCUCAAAUGGUUGCAUUUAAUAUGCAGGGGUAUGAUAAGCAUCUCUGGACAAUGCAAGGGAUGUUCAGAGCAAAUGGUGGGUGUGGUUAUGUGAAGAAGCCUGAUUUCCUGCUCGAAGUUGGUCCCAACAACCAGGUCUUCGACCCCAGCCUGGCCCAACAAGUCAAAACCAUCUUAAAGGGGAAACUGUACCUGGGCGAAGGCUGGCUUCUCGACUUUCGCCAUACCCAUUUCGACUUGUGCUCCCCGCCUGACUUCUUUGUCAAGGUUGGUAUUGAGGGAGUACCGGCCGACAAAGCUAAGCAGAUAACCAACGUAAUCGACGAUGACUGGCAGCCUAUAUGGAAUGAGGAGUUCCAAUUUGAACUGAGAGUCCCUGAGCUAGCUGUGCUGAGGAUUGAAGUCCACGACAAUGACCUAGGUGGGAACCAUGGGUUUGCUGGCCAGACUUACUUGCCCAUCUCCGAGCUCCGAACAGGGAUUCGAGCCGUCCCACUCCAUGAUCGCAGAGGGAACAAGUACAAGCACACAAGGCUACUUAUGGAGUUUGAAUUCACCUGAUCAUCCUGUCCCACAUUUUCAUUUUGCUUAACGAAACUGUUUACCUGGGUUGAAACCCUUCACUUAUUAAGAACAAAAAGGAAAAGGCUUUAUCAGUGCUGGUACUGGGAAAAAAAAGACUAGAAAGACAGAAAAUUUGGAGGGUGUUUGACAUGAAUAAUACUGCUGCUUGUUAAGAAUAAGAACUUGAUAUCAACUCAACUAAUGAAUUAGGUAACUUAUCUGCUUUCCUCUCUCUAUCUGAGCCUUGGAUUUUCUCGGAGGCAGCGGAUGGUGAAUCCAUUUGAUCUCUGCAAAGAUUAGCUUAAGCGAGGGAGAAGUGGCACCGCCUUCAGCCGGGCGUAGACAUAGCCGGCGAGCCAGAGAGAAGGGGAAACAAGGGGGAGACGGGAGGAGCCAGGAGGACAUCUUUUAUUAUAAAAAGAUUACUAGUUUUUUGGCCCGCGCUUCGCAGCGAUAAAUAGCCCAUAGAGUGAUUUUAGGAAGCUGAUGUGGCAGAGUGUUAAGCGAAAAAAAAAGAGUCCCGCCUGAUUUCAGAACAAAAAAACUGUCCAUUACCCACAUUUUUCUCCUUCCAGGCCCACGUUCUCAUUUAAUUUGUAUUUAUUUGCAAAACAACAAAAUCCAGAGGCAAAGCUCCUUCCUCUUCCCCUUCGCAUCAGUUCCUUUGUUUUUUUCGUAGGCAAAGGAAACUCGGGUAUCAGGCGACGAAAGGGGAAGAUCUAGGUUUCUGAGUUGCGACGGCCAGAGGUGGGGAUUCCAAUUUUGGUUCGUCGGUGAGCAAAUUCAAAAUCUCUUUUGUGUGACCUCGCCUAUUGGGGCCUUCUCUACUCGGAUUCUCCAGUUCCCGUUCUGGAUUGCUCCCUAUUGAUGGAUAUAGUCGACGACGCUAUUCUCCAAGACUGAGUGAAUGGCAACCGAGCAACAGCAAAAGGGGAACCAGCUAGAGGGCCACGCGCUCGAUUUUGACGUCGAAUAGUUCGCAAUUCUGGUUGGAGAGGAACAAAGGACAAAGGAGGCUCGCUAAUCAGUCACAACUUCAUCUGUUGUCGGGAUGUUCAGAUCCGGUGCUAUGAACUGUGGGCAUGUCAUUCGCUCACCUUCAGUCGAUUUUAUCUAACCUUUUUCUUUUGCGGGCUUUAUUUGUUGUUGAUUUCCAUCGUGGUUCAUUUUUCUAUUCUUUUAUGUUCAGUUUCUUAUUGUUCCUUUUUUGUUGUGUUUCAUUUUUUGUUUUGUUCUUUGUAUUCUAUUCUCCAUGUUUGAAUUACAGGCAUGUCGCACUAAUGUUACCCUUUGGAAACCCCACAUUCGAUGUUCUCCUACUAUUCUCUCCGCUCCUGUUUUCGGGAGACCGGGUUGCCCCUCUUCGUCCCAGGAUCCCACCACCCCUAUUUUCGCUUUUGAGUUUUCUAAUCAAGCUUUCGACUUUAGCCAUCGUCGGAUUUGCUGGUGCCACUUGCACUGUCUCCCUCCGUCGUGGCGUGCAAGUUGGUACUUUGCUCUUUCCUUCAGCUUUCAAUUUGGAAGGUGUCAUGACUGUGGCAGACUGUGACUUUAGCAGUGGUGGGAUAAGCCUUACCAUGCUUUACAUAUUCUCAUGAGAUGUGCUUUUUUAGUUUGUAUUGGUGAGUGGCAGCAGGAUAAAUUGUCUCACAAAAU